AUCUAGAAAGCGCCGGCGUUUAUCCGCCGAUUGUAGUCUAAUUGUCGGCAGUAUGUAUGGCUUUCAUGAAAUGAUCGCUUUACUCUCGCUAUGUCAUUUUCUUUCUAACUGCGAUGAUAAUGGGAUUAAAAAUAAGUGCGAAUAAAUUCAUCAUGGUCCGAGCGGUCAAUAAGGUCAAUUCUGUUUCCUGUCGUGCGCGUUCAAUUAGUUAUUAGGCCCAAUGGGACGGACACGCUCGCAAUAUGGCGAACUGUUUGCGUGGCGGUGACGUGAAAAUAAUUAUAUUUUAUGAACAGUUCGUGCGAACUCGUCAAAUUAAUAGUGGGAGCACGAGGUCAGCGCCAGCUUUAGAUCGUUUGCAAGCAUCGAAAACAUCUGAGUGGGGAUAUUCGGGCAAAUAUGGACCAGAAAAUUGGCCAGGAAUAUGUAUGACAGGAAAGAAGCAAUCGCCAAUAGACAUCGUGACGGAAGAUGCUAUAAGAGUUGAUCUCGGUGCUCUUAAAUUCCAUCGAUAUGACUUCGCUUUUCCUAGUACGAUGAUUAACACUGGACAUUCCGUGCAAAUACUAUUUCAUGGUGUACCACUUCAUCUCAGUGGCGGAAGUCUAUCAUCAAUGUUUAUUUUGGAGCAAAUGCACUUUCAUUGGAAUGCAGAGCAUACUGUGGACGGUUUACGUGAUCCACUAGAGUUGCAUCUAGUGCAUUACGACAUAAAGUAUACAAAUUUUAGCGUAGCCUUGCAACAUGAAUACGGGAUUGCUGUAGUUGCCGUUCUAUUUGAGUUGAGCAGUGAUGAUAAUCCAGAUCUGUCGCCCAUUGUAGAUGCAACGAAGUUGGUAUCAAAUUGGGUGGGACAUAAUAUGAUACACAUAAGGAAUAAGUUGAUACCUUUAUUGUUCUUACCAAAGGAUCAUACUACGUAUUACAAUUACGAAGGAUCUUUAACUACACCCGCAUGCCAGGAAGAUGUAUUGUGGUUUGUUAUGACUGAGAAGCUUAAAGUGUCGGAAACGCAGAUGGACGUAUUUAGACAAAUGGAUGGCAGUAAUGGUACACUGAAAUUCAAUUACAGACCAAUUCAAAAGCUCGGCGACAGAAGAGUGUAUCAUCGUCUAGAGGGAUAUAUUAACACGUCGUCGAAUAUUACCUGGAGUGUCUCUACAGUUCUUAUCAUUCUUCUAGUCAGAUUUUUAGACGAGAACUUUUAAUACAAAAUAAAAAUAAGCGCCAAAUCAGACUUUAUGUUAUAACGCGUACAACGUGAUAUGACAACUGUUACAUGUGAUAUAAUUUAUUGCACUGCUUUGGAAAACAAGAUGUGCAUUUAGGAGGGUCGUUUGAAAAGUUUUGAGUCUCAACAUGAAGAUGACAUUAUUCGUCAAAACCAUUUUGGUAUUACAAUCGUACAUGUUUUGCAAGAUAUCUGUGAAAAUUGUAGUCAUUUUGGACGCUCAUUUGUUAUUUGGGAGUCAUUUGUGCCAGUCAAUGUCAGUGUUCUUAUAAAAAAUGGAAAAAAUUGAAUAAAUUAAAAUAUCGACAAUCACCAUAUAUAACAAAAACUUACGAAUUGUGAUUCAAAUUAAUUAAUUACUCAUCGUAUCACCAGAUCUGAUAACCAAUGACUUUUUCCUGUUUAUUAGACUCAAAGUUGGGAGGACAUAGAUUUUCAUCAAACAAAAUAGUGACAUCGACUGGCACAAAUGACUCUCAAAUAACAACUGAGCAUCUAAAAUAGCUACAAUUUUCACAGGUAUCUUGCAAAACAUGUACGAUUGUACCAAAAUGGUUUUGACGAGUAAUGCCAUCUUCAUGUUGAGGCUCAAAAUUUUUCAAAUGACCCUUGUAUUAUGACAAAUGUUAUACACUUGUAUAAAUGCAUUAUUUGGAAAGUAAUGUGUUUUACAGAAACGUUGAGAAUUGUAGGAUUAUUAUCAACGUUGAUAUAUAAAAA